UUAUUCGACUGACCGGUCUUCCCCGAUCAGAACUGCUCCUCCGUUGCACCGGAAUACACACAUUCCCGACGACGGGCGAUUGGGAGAGAGAGGAUGAGCCUGGGCGGAGAGCUCCAGCAUCUGGAGUACCUGACGGAGAACGAGCUCAUGGGGAUGGACACCUUCAUCCACCGCAUCGACUCCACCGACGUCAUCUACCAGCCGCGGCGCAAGCGCGCUAAGCUAAUCGGGAAGUACCUGAUGGGAGAUCUGCUCGGGGAGGGGUCGUACGGGAAGGUGAAGGAGAUGUUGGACUCCGAGACUCUGUGUCGCAGAGCCGUUAAGAUCCUGAAGAAGAAGAAACUCAGGAGGAUUCCCAACGGAGAGGCCAACGUGAAGAAGGAGAUUCAGCUUCUGCGACGACUACAACACAAGAACGUCAUCCAGCUGGUGGACGUGCUGUACAACGAGGAGAAGCAGAAAAUGUAUAUGGUGAUGGAGUAUUGUGUGUGUGGGAUGCAGGAGAUGCUGGAUAGCGUUCCAGAGAAAAGAUUUCCAGUGUUUCAAGCUCACGGGUACUUCUGCCAGCUGCUGGACGGCCUCGAGUACUUGCACAGCCAGGGGAUCGUCCACAAAGACAUUAAACCCGGGAAUCUGCUGCUCACUACAGACGGGGCGCUGAAGAUCUCCGACCUGGGGGUGGCGGAGGCGCUGCACCCGUUCGCGGAGGACGACACGUGCCGCACGAGUCAGGGGUCGCCAGCCUUUCAGCCGCCAGAGAUCGCCAACGGCCUGGACACGUUUUCAGGGUUUAAGGUGGACAUCUGGUCCGCCGGGGUCACACUAUAUAACCUAACGACGAGCCUGUACCCGUUCGAAGGGGACAACAUCUAUAAGCUAUUUGAGAACAUCGGGAAGGGCGACUACAGUGUUCCUGAGGACUGUGGCCCGCUGCUCUCAGACCUGUUGAGAGGAAUGCUGGAAUAUGAUCCUGUAAAGAGGUUUUCAAUACAGCGCAUCAGACAACACAACUGGGUCCGUAAGAAACACCCGCCCUCGGAGCCGCCGGUGCCCAUCCCGCCCAGCGCUGAGAUCCGGGACCCGUGGCGCAGCAUGACGGUGGUGCCGUACCUCGAGGAUCUCCACGGUUACGCUGACGAGGAGGACGAGCUGUUCGACGGGGAGGAUGACAUCAUAUACACUCAGGACUUCACCGUACCAGGGCAGGUUCUGGAGGAUGAGGAGGACGAGGAAGAGCGAGUGUGUGCAGUGGCCAAGCCGGUGUGUGUGAACGGGACGGAGUCGGCGUCACUGAAACCCAAACCCGAGCGGCGCUCCAGCUCCUCCUCCAAUCCCUCCAGGAAGAGCAUGUCAGCCGCCAGCAAGAUCCGCAAACUCUCCACCUGCAAACAGCAAUGACCCGAUCCGCUCCUGCUGCACACUCUGUACAGGUUUAUGUUGUUUCCCAGAAGUCGAUACUGAGCGCUGUCCCCGUCGCACACCUCUGCCAUGAUGAUGAUGAUGAUGAUGAUGAUGAAGAACUCAAACACACGGUGCCAGGACACUGGUUCCUCUCGUCUGGACUGACUUGACGUGAGAACGCUGUUAGAGAGUGGAGAUGUUUCCCACAAUCCUCCUCUGUCGCCGAGGAUCAUCCGUUCGGUCUCUCCUCGACCCGAUCAGCACCCGAAGACCUUCCGUUUAGUUUUAGACCGUCUUUUAAUUUACCGUUACUCCCUGCAGCUUCAGAUGCAGAUGUUUGAUGUAAAGGGUGACAUCAGUUAUUGUAGAGCGCAUAAGCUGCGGAUGAUGAUGAUGAUGAUGAAUAUACGAUGUUAAACUAUAAACUGCAUGCUGGGACGCGUCUGGACGGAGAGCUGAUCGCCACAGGACGUCUGGGUUCAUUUUCCCCCAUUUGGUUUGUUUUUCCCGAUAAAUGUUUUUUAAGUAUUAUUUAUAUAAAACACAUCCCAACUGAA